AUGCACGCCAAACUAUCUCACUGGCUGUUAACAGCCUCAGUCCUCUUGCCCGCCGUCACCGCCGAGGGAUGCCCAUUUGCUAAGCGUGAUGGCACCGUCAGCAGCUCUCUUCCCAAGAGAGACACCGCCGAGGGCCUCGGACGAUGCUCAAGAGCCAGCAACCAAGCCGGUGGCGGCACCCGGAGCAGCGACUGGUGGCCUUGCGCACUGAGGCUUGAUGUCCUCCGCCAGUUCCAGCCUUCCACCAACCCGUACGGUGGUGACUUUGACUACACUGCUGCCUUCAAGUCUCUCGACUAUGAGGCUCUCAAGAAGGAUCUCGAAGCCCUGAUGACCGACUCGCAGGAUUGGUGGCCCGCCGAUUUUGGCCACUACGGCGGCCUCUUCAUCCGCAUGGCCUGGCAUAGCGCCGGCACUUAUCGCGCCAUUGACGGCCGCGGUGGCGGUGGAAUGGGACAGCAACGUUUCUCUCCACUCGACAGCUGGCCUGACAACCAGAACCUCGACAAGGCUCGCCGCCUGCUGUGGCCCAUUAAGCAGAAGUAUGGCAACAAGAUCUCUUGGGCAGACUUGUACCUCCUCACCGGUAACGUCGCCCUCGAGACCAUGGGCUUCAAGCCCAUUGGCUUCGCUGCUGGUCGCCCCGACACUUGGCAGUCUGACGAGUCCGUCUACUGGGGUGCCGAGACCACCUUUGUCCCCAAGGGUAACGAUGUCCGUUACAACGGCAGCACCGACAUCAACGAGCGUGCCGACAAGCUCGAGAAGCCUCUGGCUGCCACCCACAUGGGCCUCAUCUACGUUAACCCAGAGGGCCCCGAUGGCAGCUCCGACCCCGCCGCCUCCGCUAAGGACAUUCGCGUCGCCUUCGGUCGCAUGGGUAUGAACGAUGAGGAGACCGUCGCCUUGAUCGCUGGUGGUCACGCUUUCGGCAAGACGCAUGGAGCCGUCAAGUCUUCAAACAUUGGACCUGAGCCCGCUGCUGCGGAUAUCGGCGAGAUGGGCCUCGGCUGGCACAACAGCGUUGGUGACGGCAACGGCGUCAACCAGAUGACUAGCGGCCUCGAGGUUAUCUGGACUAAGACCCCUACCAAAUGGAGCAACGGUUACUUGGAGUCUCUCCUCAAGAACAAAUGGACCCUGGUCGAGUCUCCUGCAGGUGCUCACCAAUGGGAGGCCGUCAACGGCACUCUCGACUACCCCGACCCCUUCGACAAGACCAAGUUCCGCAAGGCUACUAUGCUCACUUCUGACCUUGCCCUCAUCAACGACCCCAUCUACCUCAACAUUACCACCCGCUGGCUCGACCAUCCCCAGGAGCUCGCCGACGCCUUCGCCAAGGCCUGGUUCAAGCUCCUCCACCGUGAUCUUGGCCCCGUCUCUCGUUACCUCGGCCCCGAGAUUCCCAAGGAGACCUUCAGCUGGCAGGACCCUCUCCCCGCUCGUGAGGGUGAGCUGAUCAAUGACGCCGACAUCUCCAAGCUCAAGGCCGAUAUCCUUGCCGCCCCCGGUCUCGACGUCUCCAAGCUCGCUUCCGUCGCCUGGGCCUCUGCUUCCACCUACCGUAACUCCGACAAGCGUGGUGGUGCCAACGGUGCUCGCAUCGCCCUCGAGCCCCAGAACAAAUGGGUCUCCAACAACCCCACUCAGCUCAACGAGGUUCUCGACGCUCUCAAGAACAUCCAGAAGUCCUUCAACUACGGCGCUAAGAAGGUCUCCCUCGCUGACUUGAUUGUUCUCGGCGGUGUUGCCGCUGUGGAGAAGGCUGCCAAGGAUGCUGGUGUCGAGGUCACCGUCCCCUUCGCUGCCGGCCGUGUUGAUGCCACCCAGGAGCAGACCGAUGUCGUCGCCUUUGGCUACCUCGAGCCCCAGGCCGAUGGUUUCCGCAACUACGGCCGCGGUACCGCUCGCGCUCGCACCGAGGAGAUCCUCGUCGACAAGGCCUCCCAGCUGACCCUCUCUCCCCCCGAGCUUACCGUUCUCGUCGGUGGUCUGCGUGCCCUCGGAGCCACCUACGACGGCUCCAACACUGGCGUCCUCACCUCGACCAAGGGCCAGCUCAACAACGAGUACUUUGUCAACCUCCUCGACAUCUCCACCACCUGGGCCAAGGAUGACGCCGAGGGCGAGUCGUGGACCGGCACCGACCGCAAGACCAAGGAGAAGAAGUGGACCGCCACCCGUGCCGACCUCAUCUUUGGAUCCAACGCCGAGCUCCGCGCCAUCUCUGAGGUCUACGGCAGCUCCGACGCCAAGGAGAAGUUCGUCAAGGACUUCGUCGCCGCCUGGGACAAGGUCAUGAACCUUGACCGCUUCGACCUGAAGCAAUAG